AAUAACAAACGUUUCAAGAGAAUUUGGUUUCGCUCCAAGAAAACAACUUCCCCUUUUUUGCUUUCUUCUCUACAGAUUUGGUUUGUUUUUUCUUUCGCUGGGGGCAAUGAAUCAUUGAUUGAUUAAUGCAAGGGAUUUUGAUUUCUUCCAUUAAUCGAAGAAUCCAUGGAGGCACCAAGUUCCCGGGUCCCUUCCUUUGGUCAGGCCGAGAUUAACUGGGAGAAGCUCGACAAAACUAAGUUCUACGGUUUAGGAGCUGGAAUCUUUACAGGGGUUACAGUAGCAUUAUACCCAGUCUCAGUUAUAAAAACCAGACUUCAGGUUGCUUCAAAGGACACCAUUGAAAGAAAUGCAUUUUCAGUUGUCAGAGGCAUUUUGAAAACAGAUGGAAUUCCAGGUCUGUAUAGAGGGUUUGGGACAGUCAUCACUGGUGCAAUUCCUGCCAGGAUUAUUUUCCUAACAGCUUUGGAGGCCACAAAAGAGGCUGCUUUCAGAAUGAUUGAACCUUUUAAAUUAUCUGAACCUACGCAAGCAGCUAUAGCAAAUGGAAUUGCUGGCAUGACAGCUUCACUUUUUUCUCAAGCUGUCUUUGUUCCAAUUGAUGUGGUAAGCCAAAAACUGAUGGUACAGGGAUACUCAGGCCAUGCAAGGUAUAAUGGAGGACUGGAUGUUGCUCGUAAGAUUAUAAAGGCUGAUGGAAUGCGAGGAUUAUACAGAGGAUUUGGUUUAUCUGUUAUGACUUAUUCUCCUUCGAGUGCUGUAUGGUGGGCAAGUUAUGGUUCAAGCCAACGCAUCGUCUGGAGUUUCUUAGGCCAGGGCACUGAUCUUGAGAAAGCUCCUCCUAGCCAAUUGACAAUAGUGUCAGUUCAGGCUGUUGGAGGAAUUAUUGCUGGUGCAACUGCUUCCUGCAUCACAACCCCAUUGGACACUAUUAAGACCCGCUUACAGGUGAUGGGGCAUGAAAAACGACCCUCUACAAUGCAAGUAGUAAAAACCCUAAUUGCAGAUGAUGGUUGGAAAGGUUUAUACAGAGGGUUAGGUCCAAGAUUUUUCAGCAUGUCAGCAUGGGGAACGUCGAUGAUAUUAGCCUAUGAAUAUUUGAAGCGCUUGUGUGCAAAAGAUGCAUAAGUAUGGUCAAGUACAGCUGGACUGACAGCUUUGGUUCUUUCGUUUUAUGAUUUAGAGCUGGGUUUAAAGCUGGCUGAGGAUUUAUUAUACCUGCUAAUGACUUCGCUAGAUGAGCACAACAGAUUAUUUCCUUUCGAUCUCCAAAUUCAGAAAAAGUCUGCUCUUCUUGCGGCAAUUUGUUAUAUCAUUUUCGAAACUCCAACUUUAUGGUAAUACCUGCUGUUCUGAAUUUCUACUCUUUUUUUAAAAGGGCUUUGAAUCCGGCUAAGAUUCUUUCAAUAUUUUGAGCUGGAUUUUGUAGUGUUUCUUUAUGAUAAAAGUUGUAAUCUCUUACAUAUAAUAGCGGGUAUAUCUUUAACUCGUUAAAUUUUUGGAAUAAUGUUAAGACUAUUAUGUUGAUGUUUUUGUAAUCUUCUACGAGUACUUGAUUCAAAUCCGAGCUGCAAGGAGUUGCUCGGUAGAAGUAAAUGAUUAAAAUUUUC